AUGGAAGAGAACAAAUCUCCCGGAGAGAAACAUGCAGACAGCACGGCUACCUCAGAUAACCACGAUGGCUGUUCUAUUGUCGCAGAGCAUACCCGAGAGGUACCAGUUAGCUUCGGCCUGCUGUCCCUCACAGGUCUAGGCAUCAUCAUAGGAGUUGUCUGGCCUGCUUCCGGUGGUUCAAUCCAAGUUGCUAUCUUCAAUGGCGGAUCUCCAGGCGUACUAUACGAGUUCAUCGUCGUAUCCUUCUUCUACUUCUUCGUCGCCACAUCCCUGGCCGAGCUUGCCAGUGCCAUGCCCUCCAGCGCGGGCGUAUACUACUGGGCCUCUGUCACCCCAGGCAAACGAUAUGGCCGUGUAGUUGGCUUCUUCGCCGGCUGGUGGAAUUAUCUAGGCUGGAUAUGCGCUGGUGCAAGUAUGGCUGCGAUAUGGAGCAACAGCAUCAUCCAGAUCUAUGCACUAAAGCAUCCCGAUUACAUCGUGAAAGAAGUUCAUGUCUUUGUGGUAUUUGUCAUUUCCACGUGGCUCGCCUGCUUCUCAGUCUGUUUCGCUGGUCGGGCAAUGCCUCUUCUCAACCAAUUCGGCAUCUACUGGCUCCUGAUCGGUCUGCUAAUAACCAUCGUGGUUCUUGUAGCUGUACCUCUUCGAGGUGGAGGAAGCGGCCAUGCAACUUCUUCCUUUGUAUGGCUUGAGUGGCAAGCAGACCUCGGUUAUCCUAACGUUAUAGUGUUCCUUUGCGGCAUGUUAAACGGUGCUUACAGUGUUGGCUGCCCUGCAGCUGUAAGUCAUCUGGCUGAGGAGAUACCCCGUCCGCAGAGGAAUGUGCCUCUUGCAAUGGGCCUUCAGGUUAUUACGGGUUUCAUCACAGGCUUCUCAUAUCUGAUCGCUCUCAUGUAUUCCGUCCAUAGCUACGACAGGAUCUUCGCGAGCCAAUUCCCCCUUGCCGAGAUUUACCUUCAAGCUACUGGAUCAGCUGAUAGAACGAUCUGCCUCCUGGUCCUCAUGCAGAUAUGUAUUGGACUGACCAUCGUCGGUCUUUACAUCACGUGUGGACGAACCUUGUGGACAUUGAGCCGUGACGGGGCAACGCCAUGGCCAUCAGUCUUUUCCAAAUUCAACCUCAAGUUCGACGCACCCAUCAAUGCAACCAUGGCUUCUGCGGUACUUGUAACCUUGGUGGGAUGCAUUUACAUCGCUAGCAAGACAGCGUUCAACGCUAUUAUCGGUUCCUUCGUACUUAUGUCGUCGUCAGCAUACACCGCAGCUGUCCUGCCUCAUCUUCUCACAGGGCGAAGAAAUGUCGUUUAUGGACCGAUACGCAUGGGUAGAAAGCUGGGUCUCGUGGUCAACACGAUUGCGAGCGCAUAUAUGGUGAUUGCUUUUGUUAUUUACUGCUUACCCUUUUCCUUACCCGUCACUGCUCAGAAUAUGAACUAUGCCUGUUUGGUUUGGGGUGGCUCGACUUUGCUGCUGGGUAUCUACUGGUUAUGGAAGGGGAGGCAUGGGUAUACAGGACCUAUCAGGGAGUCUGAGGGAGGCCAAUAA